CAUCCUUCCAUUUUUCCUUUCCUCGUGAUUCAAUCCAUCCGAUUCCUAGUUUUUCAAUACUCCCUUAACAAUCAUUCCAUCUUAAUUUUUCAAUUUGUUUGAUUUCUUCAAUUACCUGACCUUGUUUAUAAAUCUUUAAUUUUCUGAUUCUCAAAAUCCAGCUCAAACGUACAUCCCAAUCAACGCAUAACUACUUAUAUAACUUUUCCUCAUCCUUUCUUAAUCGCUUCAUCAACAAAUCUAUUAACAUCAUCACCAUGUCCUCUCAGUCCAUCUUGCCAUACAAUUCACAUGCAAAUGAUGUCGAUGAUACGCCUUCCAGACCUUCUUGCAAUAGGAAGCAAACCGACUACCCUGGGAUGGUCCCUCAAUCCCCUGACUGCCGUCGCAGAAGUGUGAUCGAUCAAACACCUUCGAAAAGAAAACAUAAAGACAAGACUUAUGACGGUGUUCCAAAUACUGACAAACCGGAAUCUGAUACCUCGAUUGUCAGCAUGCGUUCCAAAGGGAAACACACCAAGAAGGUGGUAUCCCAAUCCAAGUCUCGAACCUCUAAGACCAGCAAGAAUGUCACAGGCCAGCCCACACCCUCAGAUGAUCACAUCUCGACGAACGUAACCAAACGAGUGUUACAAGCUGAUUCCGACGAUGAGGUUGUCUUUGUAGCGAAG